AUGUCCCGGGCGGAGGAGCGGGACGAGGCGGACUGUGUGUGCUCCGUCGGGAUGAAGCUAACGUGGGACAUCAACGACCCCAAACUGCCGCAGGACACGAAGCAGUUCGACCCGUUCCAGGAGUGGACCGACGGCUACGUUCGGUACAUCUACAGCGCGGAGGACAAGAACGCUCAGAGGCACCUGUCCGGCUGGGCCAUGAGGAACACCAACAACCACAACUGUCAGAUCCUGAAGAAGUCGUGUCUGGGCGUGGUGGUCUGCUCUCGAGGCUGCACGCUGCCGGACGGAUCCAGGCUGCAGCUCCGCCCCGCCAUCUGCGACAAGGCCCGGCAGAAACAGCAGAAGAAGCUGUGUCCGAGCUGCAACGCCGCUCUGGAGCUGCUGCCCUGCCGCGGUCACAGCGGUUACCCCGUCACCAACUUCUGGAGGGUCGAUGGGAAGGCCAUCUUCUUCCAGGCUAAAGGGGUCCAUGACCAUCCCAGACCAGAAUCCAAAUCAGAGACUGAAGCCAGAAGAAGUUCAGUGAAGAGACGAGUUAGUUCACCUCCGUUUACACCGAAGAGACGACUCAUCGAAACACAGGCUCUUGGCCCUGCCCUCCUCUCCUGCGUCGAACCAGCAGAAAGAAUCUCCUUCAUUGAGCCAAACUUCCCGCAGCAUUACCCAGCAUUUCAAAGCCCAGAUCCCUACUACAACCCCCACAAUGCACUGGGAGAGGCCCCGCCCACACUUCAGAAACCAGCCAAUCCCAGGCUGUACAUGAGCCGACCCAGCUACGAGUUCCAAGGAUACCUGACCUCACCUUCAUAUCCUGUGACCUCUGAUCUCUGCGACCCCAGGGUGACUCCAGUCCUCGGCUCCUCCUCCUCGUCUUCAUCGUCGGCUCCUCUGUCCUCCUCCUCGUCCUCCUUCGACCCGCAGACGAAGCCUCCACCUAAUUGGAAGGAGCUGCUGAAGAGCUCCGCCCCCUACAGCGACAACCACCAUUACUACAGCACUGAGUACCCCUGCCGUUACCCAAGCAACACGCCAGGGUCACCAGCCGCGCUGCAGACCAUCAUCACCACGACAACCAAGGUGUCCUACCAGCCCUGCCCGAAGCCUCCUGCGGCGCUGCCUCCCUAUCAGUCAUGUCCCAAACCUCCGAGCGGCCUCCCGUCCUAUCAGUCCUGCGCUCCACCGAAACCUCCAGGCCUCCCCGGCUGCUCCUCCCUGUUGGAUGACGCCUCCUCGUCCUCGUACUCCACUGAGGUGAAGGUGACGGAGGAGUCGGGCGGGGUCAUCAAGUCCUUGUCAUUUCAGCCUGAACCUCUGCAGACCAAAACAGAGCGAGCUGAUGGCUACGACUAUCGCUACUCCUACCCAAAUACGUACCGCUACGACGACUACUGAGGAGCACCGCCACUGUUACCGUGACUACUGCUCCCACUGCCAAAGAGACACUGUAACCACGUUGACUGUUUCAUACCUGGAACACCUGCCAGGAAGUAAACCUUCAAGACCAAACUAAAAACUUUCCUGGAGAAAACCAGUGUUUCCGAGGACACAGUUUUUUAUGUCCAACUGUCAUCUGGUGCCAUCUUCAGUUCAGGAUGUGAACCAGUGUAGCUUCUCAUUCAGUGUUUCCAGCGCUUUCAACCACACCUCAUGACCUUCCUCAAACAAACAACAAAGAUUAUCUGAAAUCUGUUG